CUCCCUGUUCACCAAUCCAUUUCAUUCCGGACUCCUGUCUCCAGUCAGCUAUCAGUGCUGCAAUCUAAUAGCAUUUUCUGAACUUUGGCUACAUCUGAACAGUUGGGUAGUAAUAAACACUAGAGAGAAUAAAAGUGUUCAUAAAUCAAUUACUAAGAGAUCAGCAGAGGUGACUUCAGGGAGAAGAGGAGACAGAAGCCACAGCAGAGCAACUGUGAGCCUGGGACAAGGACGAAUUUACUGGACUGGCUGGAGGAAAUCACAUCUGAUGUUAGAAGACCUACACUGAAUGUUCAUCAUGCAUCGGAUGAAAGUCCUGGGAGUAAUCGCUUUGGGCGUGGCUUCUCUAGUGAUCGGCAUUCUUAUUGGACAUUUUGCCAUUGCGCCAAGACUACCCACAUGGCUUCAGAGGAUGAGCACAGAUGGGGACCCCAAAUACAGCAAUCAGCUUCAUCAAGAGAUUCGAGCAGAAGAAAUCCACAAGAACUUGCAGUUUUUCGCUGGCAAGCCUCAUAUCGCAGGAAGCCACCAAGAAGAGGAAGUUCUAGUCAACUAUAUGUACAAGACAUGGCAAUCAAACCUAGAUGGAGUUAAAAUAUACAACUAUACAGUUCUCCUUUCUUACCCUAAUGCAAGUGAUCCCAACUACAUUGCCAUUGUGUCUGCUGAUGGUGUGGAAAGUGACCUAUCACAAAAAGUCGAGAAAAUACUUAGUCCUGAUCAGAAUGAUUCCACUGUGGUUAACCCGUUCAAUGCCUAUUCACCAUCCGGAGUUAUUGUGGGAGAUCUAGUAUAUGUUAACUAUGCUACUGUGGAAGAUUUUCAUUUCCUCACCCGCAAUCUGUCAAUGAAUUUAACUGGUACUGUGGCAAUUGCUAGAUAUGGGCAAAUAUUCAGAGGUGACAAGGUAAGAAAUGGAGAGUUAUUUGGCUGUGCUGGGAUGAUAAUAUACUCUGAUCCAGCGGAUUAUGCAUUUGGUGACCAAGAACGAGUAUACCCAGAUGAUUGGUGGUUGCCAGGCACAGGAGCUCAGCGAGGAACAGUUUUAAGAGGAGAUGGAGAUCCGUUAACCCCCUUCUACCCCUCGAUUGGCUCUGCGUUUUAUUUGGAUGAAAAGGAUGUAGCAUUACCAAAGAUCCCAGUGACUCCAAUAGGCUACAAUGAUGCAGUCAAGUAUCUCAGUAAGAUGUCUGGAAACGAGGCACCAAACUCAUGGAAAGGAAAGCUAAAUGUCAUAUACAAAUUAGGACCGGGCUUUGCACCUCCUUACGAGAACAGUAAAAUAAAGCUUUAUGUGAAGAACUACAAUGUAAAGAGAACAAUAAGAAAUGUCAUUGGAUUCAUUGAAGGACAGUUUGAGCCUGAUCGCUAUGUAGCUUUGGGUAACCACAGAGAUGCCUGGGUCUUUGGCGCUAUUGAUCCAUCUAGUGGCACAGCUACCAUGAUGGAAGUUAGCAGAGCAAUGGGUCAACUGCUCAAAAAAGGUUGGCGCCCAAGAAGAUCCAUCUUAUUCUGCAGUUGGGGAGCAGAGGAAUAUGGAUUAAUUGGAUCAACAGAAUGGGUAGAGGAAAUGGAAAAAGUUUUAGGAUCCCGAACUGUGGCCUACCUAAAUGUGGAUAUUGCUGUGGAAGGAAAUUCCACCCUCCGUGCACUUGCUACUCCCAUCCUGCAUAAACUACUGUUUGCCGCAGCCAGAAAGGUAGAAAAUCCUAACCCUGAUGAAAUUCGAGCAGGACGAAGAUCAGUAUUUGACACCUGGGUUAAGAAUAUACCAUCUUCUCAUGAUCCGAAUCUCCCACAUGUGAACAGCUUGGGAUCAGGAAGUGAUUAUUCACCUUUUCUGCAAAUUACUGGAAUUUCUGCAGCAGAUUUGCUUUACACAUACGACCAGAAAUAUACUAUAGCUUCGUACCCCAUGUAUCAUUCUGUUUAUGAAACGGUGGAUCUGGUGUCACGUCUUUUGGACCGAGGAUUUAAGUAUCAUCAAGCUGUUGGAAGAAUUUGGGGUGAAUUGGCUCUACGUCUGGCUGAUGAUGUCAUCUUGAAUUUUGACUGUCUGCAGUAUGCGGAGACACUAAAGUCAAUUGUCAGUGAAUUACAAACCAUCUAUGGACUUACAUUUCAGGAACAUAACCUAUCUUUGGAUGCUGUGAAGGAUGCAGUUGAAGAAUUUCUUAAAGCAGCUAAGGCUCUGCAAGAAAAGGCAGAAAAAGCAAACAGAGAGAAUCCACUGGAGGUGAGAAAAAUUAACGAUCAACUAAUGCAAAUUGAAAGAGCAUUUAUGGAUCCUUUUGGAGUAGGCGGCAGCUUGAACUACAGGCACGUGAUAUAUGCCCCAAAUCAGCACAAUAUGUACGCUGCCUCCAGUUUCCCUGGCCUGGCCGCCGCUAUGUUUGAUAUUGAAAAUGAUCCAGAUCAGGAAAGACGCUGGCAACAAGUCAAAAAGGAAAUUUCCAUCAUCGCCUUUACCAUAUCUUCUGCUGCAAGCACCAUGGAAGACCCUAGCAGCAUAGGCGGAGGCCACAUGAAGGACCGGAGUGUUCUUUGACAAGGAACUCUCAUGAUAUAGACAUUAGCCUGCAGUUAUAAAAUGUUUGCAAAUCUAUAUAUAUAGAGAGAGAAUGGAUUUUUAUUCCUAGUUUGACCACAUUCUCUGAUAAUGUCCAUGCCGUGUAUGCAGAUCUGCUUUACAGUAGACUUCUAUUGUUUGGUAUGUGUUUUCAUAGUCUAUGAGCCUGGUGCCCAAAUUGUAGACUGAGGGUCUGAUACUAGUUGUACCCCAUAUUUUAUCCAUUUUAAAAUGCUGCAAGUACAGAAAAAUAUCUAAUGAUCUGAAAUAAAUCCAGUGGGCCAGAUUCACGUAUUUCCGCGUAACUUAGCCGCGGCGUAACCUAUCCCAUUUACGUUACAACGCCGCAAGUUUACAGCGUAAGUGCCUGAUUCACAAA